AUGUCCUACAAUCCUAAGACCGAUAGCUUGCAGAAUCUAUCCUUCAUCCUCAAUAAACCCCUCGACUUGAUAUUCGCAGAGAAGCCAGUCCCUAAAUUGACCGACCCUCACGAGGUCCUCGUUGCUAUCAAUUAUACAGGAAUCUGUGGGUCAGACGUGCAUUACUGGUUACAUGGUGCUAUUGGCGACUUUGUUGUCAAGAGCCCUAUGGUCCUGGGCCACGAAUCUGCUGGUACUAUAGUUGAGAUUGGUCCUGCAGUGACGUCCCUAAAGGUUGGUGAUCGGGUUGCACUAGAGCCUGGAUAUCCCUGUCGACGAUGCGCUCAAUGCAUGAGCGGAAAGUAUAACUUGUGCCCUGAGAUGGUCUUUCCAGCUACUCCUCCAUACGAUGGCACUCUCACUGGCUUUUGGAAAGCCCCUGAUGACUUCUGCUACAAGCUUCCAGAGACUAUGACCAUCCAAGAAGGCGCGCUCUGCGAGCCCCUCGCUGUAGCUGUUCAUAUCGCCAGGCAGGUCGGGAUCAAGCCCGGCGACUCAGUCGUUGUCAUGGGUGCCGGCCCUAUUGGUCUUCUAUGUGCCGGUGUGGCUAAGGCCUUUGGUGCCAGUAUUGUCACAUCAGUUGAUAUUGUAGAGUCUAAGCUGAAAUUUGCUAAAGACUUCUGUGCGACGCAUACAUACCUGUCCCAAAGGGUCAGUGCCAGAGAGAAUGCUCAGAAUAUACUAGAUUUAAUCGGCCUUCCUGGUGGUGCCGAUAUCGUUAUCGAAGCAUCAGGCGUUGAGUCCUCCAUUCAAGCCUCCGUCUACGUUGUACGCAAUGGAGGCACCUACCUCCAGGGAGAAGUCACUGCGCACGGUUCCUUCCGGUAUGGAGCUGGUGAUUGGAAGAUCGCGGUUGAUCUCGUUGCCAGUAAGAAGGUGGAUGUUAGAAGGCUGAUCAGCGAGAUUGUUGAGUUCAAGGACGCUGAAAAAGCCUUCAACAAGGUUAAAGAGGGACAGGUCAUCAAAAUCCUCAUCGCCGGGCCCAAUGAGAAGAAUAUUGCCAAUUCCUGUAAGGAAUGA